AUAUUCAACAUUCACUCUUUAGUAUCAAAUAAUCUUUGUUUUAAUUUGUUCAAGAAAUAACACAAUGAAUGCUUUGUCUUCAACUUUUCUUUCUACAUUAUCACAACACCCUAAAUCUUUUCUUUCUUGUAAUAAUAAUAAUUAUUAUUAUUCUCGCAACACGUCUUCUUUUACUCUAAAAGUUUUCUCUAUUGGUGGUGAAGAGUCAUUCCCUUCACCACCAAAAAGAGAACAAAUACCCUCAAGAAAACCAUCACUUCCUUCCAAUAUCUUCAAUGCAUUUGACGAUUUUGUGAAUAUUUACAUUGAUCCUCCUAGAAAAUAUUAUGUUGAUCCAAAAUAUGUACUCUCUAACAAUUUCGCUCCAAUAGAUGAGCUUCCACCUACUGAAUGCGAAGUAGUAGAAGGCUCCCUUCCCUCUUGCCUAGACGGCGCGUAUAUUAGAAAUGGACCGAACCCUCAAUAUCUUCCACGUGGACCUUACCAUCUUUUCGACGGUGAUGGAAUGCUUCACUCUAUUAAAAUUUCUCACGGUAAAGCUACGUUUUAUAGUCGAUUUGUCAAAACUUACAAGUACAACAUCGAAAAUGAAGCCGGUUUUCAAAUUAUCCCUAAUGUUUUUUCCGGUUUCAACGGUAUCAUCCCCUCGGUCACACGUGGCGCUAUUACCUUGGCCCGAAUCAUUGCGAGACAGUUCAAUCCCGCAAACGGUAUAGGCCUCGCGAAUACAAGCUUAUUCGGGGGUAAACUUUUUGCCCUCGGUGAAUCUGAUUUACCAUAUGCAGUAAAAAUAGCCUCAGAUGGUGAUAUUGUUACCCUUGGCCGUCAUAAUUUUAACGGAGAACUUGUCUGGAGCAUGACAGCUCAUCCGAAAAUCGACCCCGAUACUAACGAGGCUUUUGCUUACCGUUACGGUCCGUUUCCACCGUUUUUAAUUUACUUUCGGGUCAACCCGAAUGGUAUAAAAACCGCAGACGUACCGAUAUUUUCAAUUAAACGUCCAACAUUGUUCCAUGACAUUGCAAUCACAAAAAAAUACGCGAUAUUUUCGGACAUACAAAUAGGAAUGAACCCGAUUAAGUUCAUACUCGCCGGUGGUUCACUGGUGGGUAUGAACUCGAUGAAAAUCUCCCGACUUGGAGUGAUUCCACGUUAUGCCAAGGGUGAAUCGGAAAUGAGGUGGUUUGAUGUGCCAGGGUUUAAUAAUUUACAUGCGAUUAACGCGUGGGAAGAGGAUGGAGGUGAUACGAUAGUAUUGAUUGCACCGAAUAUAUUAUCGGUAGAGCAUACACUAGAGAGGAUGGAUAUGAUACAUGGAUGUGUUGAGAAAGUCAAAAUUAAUUUGAAUAGUGGGGUAGUGAGUAGACAUCCAAUUUCUACUAGAAAUCUUGAUUUUGGAGUCAUAAAUCCAACUUAUGUUGGGAAGAAAAACAAGUAUGUAUAUGCAGCGAUUGGGUACCCUCCACCUAAGUUAUCAGGGAUCGUAAAAUUGGACGUAUCGAUCGCGGAAGUUGAUCGUCGCGAUUGCAUAGUGGCAUGUAGGAUGUUUGGAGAAAGUUGCUUUUGCGGUGAGCCAUUUUUCGUGGCGAAAAAUAAUUUGGAAGCUAACGAAGACGAUGGCUACGUAAUGUUGUACGUACAUAAUGAGAAGACAGAGGAAUCAAAUUUUUUGGUCAUGGAUGCAACAUCACCUAGUCUUGAUAUUGUGGCUAAUGUUAAAUUGCCUCGUCGAGUUCCUUAUGGUUUUCAUGGGAUUUUCGUAAGGGAAAGUGAUCUUAAUAUGCUAUAAAUGUAUAUAUAUAUCUCGAAAAUAGUAUCGAGCAAAUAUAAUGAAAAGAUAGAAGAAAAAAAAAUAAGAUGAAAAAGGAUGUAUACGACUCAACUCUAAUCAUUUUCUAAAGAUAAGGUUAUAUAUUACUAGACUUUAGUCA